AUGGGCUGUAUGGGCUGUAUCGAGCUGUCUGGUGAUACAGCACCGGGCAAAGGGUUCGGACCUUUCCUGUGCAGGACAGACACUGCUUCUAACUGUCUACACGAUUGUUCUACACACGACACAGUUGUGAUGAACCAAGGUUAUCCGCCGGACAAUCCCCCGCCUGGCCAGGGGUCCCAACAUCCGCAACCACACCACGAUCCUGAUUCUUUUCGACCGCUGUACAACCGGGUCAUCGGCCCUCACCCCUCCCUGGCCGCCGAUUGGAGCCAAUCAACCGGUAUUCACCCAUCCGAACAACCCGCCGCCCGUACCAUCCAAGUUGCAAAUUCCCUGACCUACGGCCAAACCGUGAGGAUUCACCCAGCAGGUGCCCCAGCCGUUGUCAACCACCCCAACUACCCGCAAGCGGAUCACUACACCAAUCACAACCCCGUCCACCCGGCCCCUGGAACUGUUGGGUCAGUUCAAGUGGUCUUGCUGUCAGACGCAUACAAGGGAAGGCCAUCUCUCGCCCAUCAUACAACAACCACACAGGACUACCCUGCCGGAUCGGUUACCCGACUGGUGUCAUUGGGUCCCGCCCUGCAAGGUCAACCCGUCAUCCAUCCUCCGGCAACGCAGCUUCCUCCGGCGGUCAUCCCAACGCCCACCCCAACCGGUUCAUCCGUGGUGACGACACCUGUUGUUAACGGCGGGAUACGUACUUGCAAGCCAAAGCGAACGGCCGAGGAGAUGCGUCUAGCGGAUCUGGUUGCGGCCGAGAAGCGGGCACGGAGGUUUCAGAACCAAGCCGAUAAGGCCGCCGAGGCUCGUCAAAAGCAGGCCACAAAUGCGGCAAAUAGGAUGCUCAAGGCUCAGAAGGCGGCUAGCGCGACGCCUCGGGCCACCUGGUCUGAGGAACAGACCAUAGAGCUAUUGAAUUACGUCAGGAUGGUGAAAGAUGACCAUAGUCAGGUGACCGGGGGAUUUAUCCCCUUCGGCAAGUACUUCGUGGCUUAUACGGGCCACGAGGAGGCAUUCCCCCUGCUAGAUUCGGUUCUACCAGCGACCCGGCUGGCUAAAUAUCGGGCGGUUAUGGAUAAGUGGAAGUCAAAGAUGUCGUCGACGGGGGUUGAUAAGCGCACACCAACCCCCAUGGUGCACGCCAAUCUGCACGCCAGGCGCAGAUUGGCGUGCAGGCCCACACGCCAAAGAAGUUUGGCGACCCAUGCCUGGGUCCUAUGGGACGGCGGCACUCCUAAACGCAUAUGUCUGUGGCGUGCAGGCCUGCACACCGGUCUACACUCUGUAGAUUGGCGUGCUAGCCCGCACGCCAAUUUGCUUUGGCGUGCAGGCGCGCACGCCAAUCCGCACCUGGCGUGCGGUUUGGCGUGCGCAAUGGGGGCUGGCGUGUGUUUAUCAAUGCCCGUCGUCGACCGAUCAGGGGCGGGUGGCUUGUCAUCGGCCUUGGAUGCUGGCAAUCUUUCCCAGGAGAUUUGGGAUUUAAUACUUGAUAUGCAUGGGGAUAACCCGGCGGCCACUGCGGAGGGGUUGACCGGUUCAUCUGCCGAUUACGAAACGCUCCUGCAAGAGGAAGUUAACUCGGGUGCUUCGAGUGGUCCUGGCUCCUCUGACAUUGAGGCUCCAGACAGCCUGCCGGCCACCCCUGCAACCCGAAAUAAGAGGCAGACCAAGUACCAACGACUAUGUGCCGGCCUGACCCCAGCCGAGCUUGCCCUGGAUCCUGACUCCAGCUCGGAUUGCGAUCUGCCUGAUGAGCUUCCGCUGGGCGCACCGGGGACCACAAGGACUGGGGUGAAUGUGACUCCCAUUCCGGGGGUGCCACCUUUGACUCCGGUUCUGGGGACACCAGCUUCAAUUCCCACAGGUCCUCCGAUGGGGUCAAAGCGAAAGGCGAGGGCUUUGUCAUCAAAACAACCGGUCAGCCGCCCCCCCGCCGAGGUACCAACAAUCCCCCGUCGCCGCGGGCGCACUGAGGAGAAGACGAAAGAGGGUGACACCACUGGCACUGGGAUGCUCGUCAUGAUGCACAAGGCGCAGGAGUCAUCGGCAUCUUGGGCCGCCGAGGAGAGGAGAGACGCGCAGGUGGAGCGGGCCCGACAGGACGUUAUCCGUGCUGAAGAGAGGGCCGAUAGACAGAGGAUUGAAGACCGACAAGCGGCCGAGCGAGCGGCGGAGAUCAAACGCCAAGAUGAUAUUUGA